GCUCAUGGAGAUCCACGACCGCCUGAAGAAGCUGAAAGCGGAGGAGCUGGCAGAGCUUGAGGGCAAGGAGCAGGAAGAGGAGGAAGAGGAGAAGGACGGCGAUGGGGAGCAAGAGCAGCCAGAGAAAAGACGCCGUGUGAAGGGCAAAACCGAGACUGAAGUUAGCAUCGCGCGCGAGGUGGACAAGGAUUUGUCUGCAGAAAUUAGCGCCGGUGAUGCACGCCAGGAGUCCCGGACGAAGCAGCGGGAAGCCUUGUUGAGGAUGCAGGAAUGCUAUGCGCAGAGGGUGCAGUUCGUGGAGCUGCUGGACAACGCAGAGUCCAGACUGAGGAGCCUUCUUUCCUCCAAGACUCCAACGGACGUCACGGAGGCCAUCGGCGUGGUGGUCGAGCUGCGACUGCGAGGCGUACCCGCUGCGGCAAAGGCCUUCCAUCAGGUGCUGGGGUUGGUGUGGAGCCGCCAUGCUCCGAUCAAGGACGCGGCCGUAGACGCCUUUUUCCGCAUGCAUCUCGAGGGCCGCGACGCGGCUUCCGCGGCAAUGGCCAUCCUGAACAUCUACAAGGACGGGCACGCUACCGGCAGCCUCACCCACACGCACCUCGCCAGUGUACAGGAGCUCAUCCAGCAGGCAGCGGACAAGGAGCUCGUAUCCGCAAAGGAGGUGAUGCCCACGCUUAUUGGAGCACUGACGGAGCCCUCGAUGUCGGCCUUCGCCCUCCGCGCCGUCACGGCCCUGGUCCCAUCCACCGCGGGGCACGCUUCGGUAUCCACGGCGCUGCCCAAGUUGAAGGAGUUCAUCACACAGCAGAAGCCUGGAACAGCCGAGGAUCGCCUGGAGGGCCUAAGAUUGGUAUGCCAGCUGCUUCUGCGCUUCCAGGCUGCCAGCAAGAACCCGCUCCCACAGCAAGUCUGUGCCGGUCUCCACGACAUCUCCCAGCAGGCUGUGCUCAUUGUAGUUCAGCACUUCGUCAGCGGCGAGAUCCCCGCGCAUUGGUUCAGCGCCGCGCAGGCCAGCAUGGAUCUAUCCUUCGAGCUGGCGUCCCUGGGCAAAUCCGCCCUGGACGCUGCACACCGCUCCCCGGACAAG